AAAAUAGAGCAAUCUGAUUGGCUAAUACCAAACCUGAUUGGUCAAAUCAACUAACGGUUGUUCUUCAUUUGUACUUCUUCAGUCAUCCACUUGACUUUUCUGCCACUUUUUGGAAGUACAUCAAUUAAAUAUCAUCUCUCUGUAUAGCAGUUAUAUUAUCAUUCUUUUGGGUUGUUCUAACUGUUCGAAUAGUUUUCUUUUGACAGUUCCAUCGAAAAUCUACAGAAAAAAACGAGGCUUAGGCCGGAAAAAAAUAACUUAAACCACAAAACAAAGCUACGAGCUACUAAAAUAGCUCAAAAUUCACCAGAAACCGUUUUCCAUUUGAAUUUGAAAAAAAGACAAUGACUUCGUUGAGUUUCGAACCGUCGCAACAGCAGUCACAGCCCAUUUUAUUAUCCGAACAGCAGCAGUCAGAUUCAACGACCGAGGAAUCGACUCAGCCGAGUCAAAGCGAACAGCAGCCGAUAUAUUCGAUCAGUUCUAUCCUGGGAACGAAAUGGAACGAGACUUGUGUCCACCAAGAAAAGCAUGACCAAAACAGCCCGUCUGAAAAGAAACACGUGACUAAAGAAAAUGCGAUAGUUGACAAAGAGUUUCAUCAAGAGUUGGGCAGUAAAAUGCAAUCCGACAAAAAACACCCACAAAACAAUCUGUCACAAUCCCAAUUUGAAACUUUGAGCCAAUCUUUAUUCCAAAACAGUCCAGCAGCGAACGUCAACGAGUUCAUGGUCCCAAAAGCACUUCAAAUGACCCGAAGUUUCUCAAAUUACGACCUCAAGUUAGCCUCAUUGGAACAAUCGGGACAUAAAAUCUCUCUUCAAGACGGAAAAGAAUCCACGAUUUCAAAGGAAAGAAACAAAGUUUUCCACUCAGCAACUGGAGUGAAAAAUAAAAGUAUGAGUCAUCAAGAUUUGGGUUUUCCGAGUGGAACCGGGGCUCGAAUUAGAGUCAAUAGUGAUGGAGUCGCAAAAACGGAUGAUGUAAUCAGUGAUAAAGUUGACCCCGAAAAUGAAGAAGAGUUGGAUUGUGACGGGGAGGGGGAGGGUGACGGGGAGGAUGGGGGAAAGAAACACAGGAGAAAUAGGACAACGUUCACCACAUAUCAACUGCAUGAGUUGGAGAGGGCUUUUGAGAAGUCUCACUACCCGGACGUGUACAGUAGGGAAGAACUGGCCUCCAGGGUCAACCUACCAGAGGUCAGAGUUCAGGUUUGGUUCCAAAACCGAAGAGCCAAAUGGCGUAGACAGGAGAAAUUGGAGCAGAACCAUCUAAAACUCAACGCCGAUUUCCCCCUCGCCUCUCUACGGGCUGCUUCUGCCGCCGCCGGAAACCCCUCCCUCCACGGCAUGAACAAACUCCUCUGUUCCCCUUUGGACUCAUGGCUCACCGCUACUUCUCCGGCGGCCCUGGCAUCCCUGCAGCAAAGUCUGUUCCCGAACCCCUCUCUUCUCAACCUCCAGCCGAACUCGGUUUCAUCUUCGAUUUCGACGCCAAAGCACAAUAACGCUACUUCGGAUCCUUCGAACUUAGGACCGAACUCGACGUCUCCCAAUUUUGAUCUGACAGCGUGCUCUAAUCUUUUCACGAGUGCAUCCGCUACGCAACAGCAGCAAGCUGCGGCGUAUCAGUUUCUAAUGCAAAACUAUAGCACCGCCCCGUUCUUUAUGCCGAAUGUUAACCCAAUGGCUUCUUUGAUCCCAGACUUCGGCAGUGAUCUGCUCAGUAAAUUUUCGGCCAAUAGUACAAAUUCGCCAUUGCAUGACGCUUUAACGAUGAAUCUUUUUACGAAAACGACGGAGUCUUCAGACGAAAACGAGAAAGAAAAAGAAUGAAUCUUUCAAUGCAAAAUAAAAAUUAAAUUAAAUUUGUAUCAAUUAUAAUAGCUUCUUUUGUAACUUUGUUCGAUAUAUGCAACAACUUCAGAAACUAAUUAAUCA